GUUCCGGUAACGCGGCUCGGUGACGUCAUCACAGAGCGCCCAGCCGCCGGGGCGUGCGGAGACGCGAUGCUGAGCCGGCUCCAGGAGCUGCGCAAGGAGGAGGAGACGCUGCUCCGGUUGAAGGCGGCACUGCACGACCAGCUGAACCGGCUCAAGGUUGAAGAAUUGGCCCUCCAAUCAAUGAUUAGUUCUAGAAGAGAGGAUGAGAUGCCGUCUUCUCCAGCUGCACAGGAACAAUCACAUGAUCAGAUGGUGGUGCAUGUAGACAAUGAAGCAUCCAUCAACCAAACUGCACUGGAGUUGAGCACAAGGAGCCAUGCACCAGAAGAGGAGGAGGAGGAAGAAGAAGAAUCAGAUUCAUGAAGUGGGGAAAGAGCCAGGCAGGGCCAGCUGCACUGCCGUGAUCAAGGCAGAGCAGAGAAUGGGCUCAGGAAGUACUGGAUGGAUGACUGACAGAACAGAUGAAUAAACAGGUAGUAUAAGAAUCUGAAAUAAAUGGACUUACCAUGAGUUGCUUCAAAUCUGCUCUCUCUGCAGGGUUUUUUAUUAAGCUUAAAAGGAGAAAGAUAACAUGAGAGCUGCUGCCUAGAGCUGCUUCUAACUCCCAAUUACUUCUGUUUGCCGCCUGUGCUCCCCACACCCCAUAGGCUCUGAGGAGUGCCUGAGCCUUAUUCACCUUCCUGUUUGUAGCACAGUAUCAUGCCCACAGAACAUUAAUAAAUGCUUGCUGAACUAAGGUCAAAAGGCACUAUGCCAAUCCAUGUAGAGCAAGUGCCAAAAGUAGCGGCUAUUUAACCGACUGCAAUUGUCAGGUGGGGUGGGGAACCUUACAAAAAUGGGUACUCUUCCAGAUAACAGGGAGCCAACUUACCAUUUAUUCACAAAAUCUUGAAAUUCCAGACUGAAUACUCCACUGGGCAGUUUUGGAGGAGGCUGCAAAUACAUGUCAACACAUAAGAAAUGGCAGGCCUGCUGCCCUGGCCAGUGUGGCUUAGUUGCUUGGAGUGUCAUCCCAUACACCGAAAGGAGGAGGGUUCAAUUCCCAGUCAGGGCAUUUACACGGGGUUUGGGUUCAAUCCCUGGUAAGAGUGCAUAUAGGAGACAACCAAUCGAUGUUUCUCCCUUCCUCUAUCUCAAAACGAAUGGCAUAUCCUCAGGUGAGGAAUAAAUAAAACAAAUCUUUAAUAAAAUAAAUAAAUACAUAAAUGUUUGGCUUCCUGCCCCAAGCAUCUCUCCUCUCCAACCCUGUCUCUGGGCAGUGCUGCCUUUAUCCAGUCAAGGAAAGGUCAAGGGUCAGGGCCAAUGGCUGGCUGCUGGUGGAACCACUGGUCUCAAACCAGUUAGAACCACUCACCUGUUUAGUUACUGAACAAAUCACGGUUCCUCCUGAGUUUCAGUUUACCAUUCUAUAAAACGAGGAAGGCCUCAUGGCCUUUCCCCCUCACACUCUACGACAGUAAAUCUUGGAAUGUGGCGUGGGAAUAGCCAGCAAUUAAUAGCAGCAGCUAGGGGCAUGUGCAGCCACCAGGCACACUCCAGCUCAGGCAGCACCUGUGAAAGUCACUGAAGGCUAACUAGCUAAACAAAAUGUAUAUCCCCCUUCUAAGCCCUGAAGGAGCAGAGAAAGGUUAACAAAACAUUAACUGGCAGAGGCUGCGUCUGGAAGAAUGUUAGCUGCAUGCUCACUCCGGGAAUGAAGCUGUUUGCAGUCACCAGAGCAAGAACACUGGCCACAGCUCAUUUUCCAAGGGUGCACGGUGGACACCACUCAGGGCUACCAGGACAAGGCCCUGCAGCACCCUGCUCCUAUGCACCACACAGCUCAGAAAACAUGACCCACCCAUGUGACCUGCAUUGGGCUGUGUGCAGCUUCCUUGUGAGAUGACACCCAGACCCAACCCAGGAUGCCAUUGUUCUGUUGGGUUGCCCAAAUAAACAGGUGGUUCAAGGCUAAAAGUUAAAUAAUAACACUACCAAAAAUUCUAGCCUAGCCCUCUUCCCCUGAAUGCCUUAUAAGAACAGCAGGUGAGCCCUGACCGGUAUGGCUCAGUGGAUAGAGCGUUGGCCUGCGGACUGAAGGGUCCCAGGUUCGAUUCCGGUCAAGGGCAUGUACCUUGGUUGUGGGCACAUACCCAGUAGGGAGUAUGCAGGAAGCAGCUGAAUCGUUUCUCUCUCAUCGAUGUUUCUAACUCUCUAUCCCUCUCCUUCUCCCUUCCUCUCUGUAAAAAAAAUAAGUAAAAUAUAUUUUUUAAAAACAACAGCAGGUCGCCCAGCCGGGUGUAGCUCAGCGGUUGAGCGUCGACCCAGGAACCAAGAGGUCACUGGUUCGAUUCCCGGUCAGGGCACAUGCCCAGGUUGCGGGCUCGAUCCCCAGUGGGGGGCGUGCAGGAGGCAGCCGAUCAGUGAUUCUCUCUCAUCGAUGUUUCUAUCUCUCUCUCUCCCUCUCCCUUCCUCUCUGAAACAAUAAAAAUACAUUAAAAAAAAAAAAGAACAGCAGGUAAAUAAGCCUAAUCUGAGGUCAAGGACUAAAACCCAGCUCUUAGACCCGCCCUGCAGACUGCUGCUGAGGGAAAUAUGAAGGGAGCAUUCACGGGUGAAACCAGAGCUUGGCCUCCAGAGGCCAGGCCCGUGCUGAGCAGGAGGGGGCCAGGCAAGGGAGGGAAUGUGCACCAGCAGAGCGUGAGGUGCUUGCACCUGUCGCCACGCAGCCCAGCCUCCUGGGAAGUUAUGGGGGCGUGGGGGGUGGGAGGAGUAGGUGCUAAGCGAGGAACAGCACUAGGUGGGAGGAAUCUGAGCCACUUUCAUCCUGGAGCCUGUUUCCUCACCUAUAUGAAAAGACAACAAAACCCAUUGGGCCCGCCCAAGCAGUGCUUGGAGAAUGAUUAGGAAAAUGUGAAAAUAUGGAAGAGAGCAGUGCGUACUAGGCAACUGGCAGCUCAUGUAUAACCUCAGGCCCUCUCUUCCCUUACCAUGGCUCCCAAGCACCACUCUCAGCUUAGGUCCCAGCAGAGGAUGGCUUCCUGACUACCACCAAUGCAAUGCACACGGCCUUUUCUGCGUCCUCAAGCAGCCAAGAUCAGAUCCUGGACUUCUUUUCUAUGUCCCAUGGUGCUGAGCUUAAAGCUGGGCAGUCAGGAAAGAGAGGUCAGUUAACCUCACUAGACUGAGCCAGAGUCAGUGAUUUAUUAACUGCUAGGGUGUGCCAGGAUCUUCCCCGUUGGGUUUGUCAUAGAUGAGGGGCCUCUAUGAGCCUUUGGGGAUCUGGUUUUAGAGAGCAGUAACGAAGCAUGAAGUGACUCCACUGGUCUC